ACUUAAACAACUUAAUUAAUCACUUCAAUCUUCUACCUUUGUUCGAUGCCUCACGAGAAUCGGUCGUUAAAUCUUUAACCUUCUAGCUCGUAUUCUUCAUCAGAUGGAUUCUACUCAACCGGACUGGCCAAGAUGACCACGCAGCUCCUCUCUACGGAGUUAACCAAUCUCAUACAAGAGAGCAAACGGAAACACAACGAUCUCAGACAGGCAGCUGAGAAGUCUUUAGAGGAACUUAAAGGAAUUCGUGCCACAAGUGAAUCACACCUUGCUGCUGAACUUUCUCAAAAGGUCAACUUUGUCAACCCUUUUGUCAUAGCCUGUGGUACAAGGAACGCCAAAUUCACCGGUAUAGCCAUUGUCUGCUUGUGCCGCCUCGUUCUUGUGACAGCACUCCCACGGUCGAAGUUGAGCCCGGUCUUAGAAGCCUUACGAGAGGCUACCUCUGCUGGGCUGGAUGUUCAGCUUAAGAUUUUACAGGCUCUGCCAACAUUACUCCAGAAUUACUCCAAGGAGAUUCAGGGAGAUCUACUUGUCACUGCUCUGAAUAUUUGCUUCAUUCUGCAGACGACCAAGAAUGGGGUCGUCAAUAAUACAUCCGCUGCUACACUUCAGCAGCUUGUUAUGACCGUAUUUGAAAAAGUAGCAGCCGAAGAUAAAUUGGUAUCUGAUGGAAACUUCGUUGGCGACGCCCCCACCGGCGAUGGCGCUGUCAAACUUCGCGCGGCAUCUAUGGAUGCUUACCGUAUCUUCAAAGACAUCUGCCUCAUGACAGAGAAUCAACGACCAGAAUAUCUCAGGUUUACUGGACUUCCGCAGACGUUCGGCUUAGAGUUGAUAGAAUCAGUCUUGAGCCAGCAUGCUAUUAUCUUCACUGACUCACGUCAUCCGGAACAGGCGCAUAUACUCCGCACAGGGGUAAUGCCUUUUGUGAUUAAGUCAUUAUCUGGAAAGCCGAAUUUUGCAACCUCUGUACGUCUUGUCCGUAUUUUAUACACGUUGCUAAGAAAACACCUAGAAGUUUUGCCGUCGGAGGGUGGUGAAGCUCUUGACACGCUCACUCAACUACUAGAUCAAGAUACGGCUGCUUGGAGGAGAGCCUUAUGUAUGGAGGUGUUUCGUGGCAUAUUUUCUGAGCCUCCUCUUCUCAGGCGCAUUUACAUGCUCUACGAUUCCAAAGAAGGAGAGAAAGAUGUUCUUAAAAAUCUGACCGCUACGUUUGUUAGGGUCAGCACAGAAAGACCAGUAGUAAUUGGUCUGGGCCACCAGUCUACCAUCCCUGUGGCAAAUCCGUAUGCGAAUUUAGGAGGCUCAUCGGAUCAGGCGAUGUUAGAGGCUAGCGGUGUUACUGGGAUUAUUGGCGGAUCCGUUGGCGAGGGAGGCAAUACUGGAAUCAGCUCCCAGUGGAGUACGGUCCGGGUCGCUUGCAUUGACCAGCUCGACAAGACUGAACCGCCCUUGGUUCCAGAGUCGUACAUCUAUGCGUUGACCCUGUCUUGUAUUACUUCAUUGUCUGAAGGGUUGGCUAAAUUCAUCCUGCCACUUACAGUUCCUCCUGACAAUCGAGCUCGCAAACGCAGUGCCAAACAGCCAGACACAGGGAGAAAUUCUCCCAGUCUGGUUGAUGAUGACAGCAAUAUUUCGAAGACCGCGGCGGAACGCACAGCCACUCAGAACUCCCUAGAGAGAUCUGGGUCGUUCAAGAAAAAUCCAGUGCCUCUUAACCCCCUCGCUGUAAAGGACCACCCUUUACAUACCGAAGUCGAGAUAUGCGCGGCUAUCAUCGACGAAUGCUGGCCAGCCAUUCUCGCAACGUGUUCCACCUUUCUAUAUGCUGCGCUUGAUUCGGAAUAUUAUCAUGGCUUAGUUCGAGCCUUUCAGAAAUUUGCCCAUGUUGCAGGAUUACUUCACCUUACUACCCCAAGAGAUGCUUUCCUCACCACUUUAGGCAAAGCAGCUGUGCCACCAAACGUAUUCACUGCUUGUACCAACACUGGCGCACCUAAGCCUGCCGCCGCCAGUCCCGUCUCCGAGCCCCCAAACAGUAUCUUGGGCAAUGCCAGGGGCCUUCUCAGCGUUGAUAACUUAGUAACUCCGGUUGGCGCCGCCGGUGAGAGACAGAGGCAAGCAUCUAUGGACGCUAACACGAUACCUCAAACUUUGAAUACUCGAAACCUCCUUUGCCUACGAGCACUGUUAAACCUGGGGAUAGCUUUAGGGCCGACACUCAGUGACUCUUGGUCAAUUGUCUUGGAAACCUUACAACAAGCUGACUUUGUGCUGUUCACAACUGGGAAGUCUCCCGGUAGGACUCCAAUUGCUGGGAAGGGUCCGGACCCGAGAGCGGAGAGCGAGGCUUCUUCACUUUUAGCUAACUUCAGCACCGAGAUCAGGGCUGUAGAAACCGCUGCAUCCAGACUCUUUGAAAGCACAGUUGACUUCCCUAACGGUGCUUUUGUGGAAGUCGUUGAUGCCAUAUGUGGUCUAUUAGACCAGCGGACAGACCAAGCUUCAGAAGCAUCAAGCCGACCGCAAUCAUCGGCUUCCUUAACAACGCCGACGCCAGCGCCAGGCCUUCGGACGCCGAGUGGCCAACACCGGAGACUCGUUAGCAUUUCUACUACCAUAGUACCGACUGGGCCUAGUCAAGAGGACCAAUUUGCCCUUGCAAAAAUUGGCGAAAUUGCGAGUAUCAACAUUGAGAGGCUCCUAGGCUAUCCUCCAGAUGUAUCAGGUUGGACACGUAUCACGACCGAACUUAUUAGUGCAUUAAGUUCCGUAUAUAUGCCUGCACAGAUUCGGCACCGCGCUGCAGAUAUCCUUGUGCAUCUUAUACUGGACGCGGCCAAAUCCGUCGUUGGUUUUGAUGACGAAACUCGCGGUCGAGUUCAACUUCGUCUCCUAGAGGCACUCCGUGACUCAUUGCUUCCACUACAAAUGGAGGAUCGUGCAGCUUCUGUGGCGACUCAUUCGACGGAUAUUGAUAUUCAUAAGAUCAUCCUCGAAGGCCUCAAAAGCCUUCUUGAUGACUGUGGUGACGCACUUCUAAGCGGAUGGGAGAUCACAUUCGAGGUUAUUGGUAGCAUAUUCAUUCCCAGAAAGUUCGGUAACGACGACACACGAGACGUUGGAGACCAAUCCUUCACCCUUACAACGCGAUCUAGCAAGCUUAUUAGAUCCGCGUUUAAUUCUUUGCAGUUAAUAUGCUCUGACUUCCUCGGGUCAUUACCCAAAUCAUGUUUUCUUAUUCUUGUUGAUACCCUGUACAAAUUUUGUUCACAGGACGAUGAUUUAAAUAUUGCGCUCACGACUGUAACGUUCUUCUGGGUACUGUCUGAUUUCUUGUCUGGUAAAAGCAAAUUACUUCCAAUCACCGAUACUCUCGUGGAUGAUCCCGACGGUAUCUCAUUGGUUGAGAAGGCCUCGAAUGCGGAAGAUGCAUCAUCAGACGCGGCCCUGUGGAUGCUCCUCUUAUUGAGAUUAACAACUGUGACAAGCGACGAGAGACUUGAUUUAAGAAACAGCGCCAUCCAGACACUUUUACGAAUAUUCGAUGCGUAUGGAGAAAGGCUCGGGCCUGAAGCAUGGUCUGUCUGUAUCAAGUCUGUCAUCUUUAAACUUCUCUCGUCGAUAGAAGAAGAGCUUGAGGAUGUUGGCAAGCAAGAUGUUGAUGAGAAAAUCCGUUACGACUGGCAUGACACAGCUGUCGUAGUACUCAAUGGCAUAUCCAGUCUCCUUGCCAACUAUCUCGAUGUGCUGACUGUCCAUCCGACAUUCAACUCAUACUGGCAGCAGCUCUUAGGUCAUUUUGCUUCUCUGCUCGAUUUCCAAGUUCUCGAGAUCAGUACAGCAACAUUCAAAGCAUUGACUCAGAUGCUCUCACAAAGCCAGAACGGCACAAAACAGAAUUUCAACAAGACAACAAUUGACCUGGCCUGGGAUCUGUGGUCUCGCGGCGUCCCCGUCUCCAAGAAAGGCAACACCGGCAAGAUCACGGACAAUCAAAAUUGCCUUCUCGCAUAUGUUGGGGCUCUUCGCGAUGUGUAUCGUCUUAUACAAGUUGACCUUACCGUCGACCGCAUUCGUCGAAUGUUAACACUGUUGCGAGAAGUUAUGCAAGUGGCUACUCCUGGAUCAUACGUAGCCGAUAUCGAUCAUGUCACGCCUUUACAAGGACAGGUACUGGAAGUGAUAAAAUUACUUCGAACUGACCUACCAGGGGCGCCGUCUGCCGUGAUAUCUCAGACAUCCGAGUUCAUCUCUCUAGCCUUUCUCGAAGAGCAUGCCAUGUCAAAUCAACGGAAUACACAAAAGCGCACUUAUGUUGCUAUGUCCAAGACUAGCAUGUCAAUUCUUCAAUCAUUGAUCGUUAACCACGCCUCUGAUGUAAACAUUUACAGCGACGGUGCAUUCCUGACUGCUCUCACGGCCUUGUCGAAACCAAUCGUGCUCAAAUACAGGUUUCCUAUUAUCACCAAGACAGAACAACCUUGGAGAUUAUCAACAACAUCUGCAUUGGUUAUUCUAGAAGCUACUCUCCCGCAACUUCAUAAACUCGACAUAUCCCGAUCGAAUCUGCAGGAUAUUUGGGAGAUGAUCGUUACCAUUGCCAACGGGGUUAUUAGCGCAGACUGUGAUGCACCACCAGACCGGGUUAACAUAGCAGAGGAUCAAGAUUUCGAUAUCUCUUCAUUCCUGAAACUCCGUGAGCUUAUUAUCCCUUCCCUAGGCGGAGAGGUUGUGGCGGAUAAGACGAGAAAGGUAUUCGCAGAAAACCUAUUCCGCAUGUCCAUCAUACAUGCGCCAGCCCCUGCCGAAUCUGCACUUAUCUAUGGAGGCGAUGGGGACGAUAUAAUUGGGCUGUCAAAUCUUUAUAAACCACGCAGAGGCCGUACUAUCGAUCCACCUCCCGCUAAACGGGAGAAGAUGUGUUACAUAUGCAUAGAUGAACUCUUCGCCCUAGUGACCAACCACAGCGAAGCUUCAACACCUCAUAUAACAGUUCAACCGCCGACUCCAGCUUUCCCUCCACCAAGUGCGGCGGCGGCAGCAGCGAACAUGCCGUUCGAAUCCCCUCAUGCCCUUCAUGUGCGGUUGGCGAGAACAGCUGCACCAUAUUUGAUACUAAGGGCAGCUCUUACGCUGAGAGCCUAUAUCGCAGAUCAACCAUUACGUGGCCGCAUGCCGCAACCGCUUAGUCAACGCAAGGAACUAUCGCGGAUGUUAGAAAGAUUAGUAGAGCUUCGGAGCGAACCCGAGGCCAUCCCAGAUACGGCCAACGUCGAAAGUGAGAGCCGGAAACAUCUUCUCAGACUCUACCCGUUGCUCGUCAGUGCGAGCAGCGUCGCCGGUAGGAGUGGGGAUGAAGGCGUAUUGGAGUUGCUGACAAAGGCAUUGGAUGUUGUUGGAUCGGAAUUGGGGAUUUGAGGUUUGUGGACUUCGAUGAUAACGACGAGGGGCUGGAUUCAUAAACCACUAGACUUAAGGUUCCAUAAAAUUGGUUUAGGGCAUCUGUACGAUUAAAUCGAACCUAUUCUUACGAAGACCAAGUAAACUACAUCGCCCCAAAAAU